CGAAAAUUUGUCGAUUGCGAAAGAAUAAAGAAAGACUUGGGUAUCCGAUGUGUAACGUUAUCUCGAAAAGAGAUGAAAGUAUAUCAUCGACAUACUUUCAUAGUAGACGGAAAUAGAGUAUGAGUUCGAGAGAACCAAAGAGAUUAAUGCGUUCAACAUCGACUUCGAACUAUGUCUAAGGUCAUCGACGGUAUCUCUUCGCGUCUAGCUUCUUCAGGUAACUAGGUUCGAUCUCGCAGGAAGCGACGCUCCCACAUACACGAACACAAAUAAACAUCGAACGUAUACCUACGUUACAUACUAAUACUUCGGUAUAAACCACAUGAAGAAUCCUUUAUGGCCGAACAUUCGUCGAGUAGGGGUAAAGUGAGAGUUGGUAUAAAAGGGGAUUUCUUUCCUCUCCCUGGAUAGCACUCGAUUGUGUUCGGCUGCAAGUAUCUUCGUUCAUUUAAACGAUAUUCUUUGUGAAGCGCCAGUAUUCUUAUCCUUAAGUGUUCUUUUUCCAAACAUCGAUUCGGCGCAAUGAAACGCGUGAUACUAGCCGUGAUCUUGGGUUUAGCAGUAGCCCAAGAUCCAAAUUAUCGCAGUAAUUACCAGGACGAUGAUCGACAGAACGCUGCUACCGAUGGAAGACGAGGUACAACGACAACGCCGAUUCCUAUUUUACAUUGGAACAAACAACAAGAACACGAUGGAACCUACAAGACAAGUUACGAAACCGGGAAUAAUAUCAUUGCCGAAGAGAGCGGUUACAUCAAAACGGUUGGCGAAGGUGCGGAGCAAGGUGAGGCAUUGGUACAACAAGGGAGUUAUUCCUACAUGAGUCCGGAGGGACAGUUGAUCACCAUUCAUUAUACCGCGGACGAGACGGGCUUUCACGCGUCCGGUGAUCAUAUUCCCACGCCACCACCAGUCAGUGAAGAGAUUCAGAAAGGCCUCGACCUCAUCUUUGCAGGCAUUCGACAACAGGAGGUACAUACAUACCAUAUAUACAUACAUAUACAUAUAUAUAUAUAUGUGUGCUACCUACGACCUUUUCUUUCUUAUCGUCGCCCAUCUAUCUACCUCUCUUUCUAUCUCUUUCUUUCUCAUUCUAUCUUCUUUUUACCUACCCUGUUUCCUCGCGCAACAUCCUUCUUCCUAUCCCUUUCCAUCUCUAUCGUUCUGGAAGAGCAAACUCUUGCGAAAACAACAUCUUCGACGUUUCUUUUCUCUUUCGAUAUCUCGAUCUUUCGACUUAACAGGUCGUAACGCAACAUUUAAAUACAUUUCUACAUU